UUUUCGUACUUUUAAUCGAUUUUUUCUGUUGACAUAAUUAAUUAAAGUUUUAAGACCAAAGACCUCUCAGUACGAGUGGGAUCUUCGUGGAAAACACACGGGGGUGAAAUGUAUGAUGUUAAGGAAUCCUAUAUGCAUCCUCAUUACGGCCCCAAAUCCCAUGGCAGCGAUGCUGGGCUAUUAAGACUGUACUCAAAUCUCCGAUUCUCGUCGAGGGUCCUGCCUAUUCUACUGGCUGAGAGGGAUAGUAGACUUCCAGCUAACCAAUUGGCAAUCGUCUCUGGAUGGGGCAAUUUGAGAGAAAAUGGACAGAGUCCAAAAUUCUUGCAAUCAGCAAGCAUCAGAACAAUUGUCAUGAAGCUGUGCCGCCAGUCAGGGGUGAAACGAAACGUAAUUGACCCAGAGACUAUGUUUUGCGCCGGCUCUUUUACACAACCAUCACCCGAUGCAUGCCAGGGUGACAGCGGUGGACCCAUAGUAUCGGAAGGGUUGCUCAUCGGAGCAGUGUCAUGGGGCAUGGGAUGUGCGCGGGGUAACUUCCCUGGGGUUUAUACAAGGCUGUCGAGUCCUGUCAUUUGGGACUGGAUUCAUGACCAUUUAAAUAAACCUGAUACCAGUGUUAAUAUUAAAUGACUACUAGACUUAAAGCUCUAUGUCCCCCAAGUGAUACAGAGGGAAACUAACGUAGAUAACCAGCCAGAUCAGUCCUGGGAAGUUCUCAUCUUCUGUGGCCUCUGCAAUGAUGCUUCGUGGCCAGGUCCAUUUUGGGUGGCCAUGCUUUCUUUUGCCUUGAGGAUUCCAGUCAAGAGCUUGCUUGGCAAAGUGACUUGGAUUCCUCCGGAGCGUACGGCCCACCCAUUUCCACUUUCG